CACAUGCCCACACACAUUGAGUCAUAGCCAGCAGUGGUGAAGCAAGGUUACUGCGUAAUGGGUAAACACGCAUCAGUGGUCUGACUGGGGUCACUCACCCAGUCUGAAGUCGUGUCCUCUCUUCAUGAGUCACCACAAAAGCAGGACAUUGACAUACUGAUGGAAACACACACUUUGUUUCUUUGCUGUGUUUUAGAUUAUAGCAACAGCCGCUAACUUACACCUAUUUUUAGCAUUUUAAUCUGUGUUAUGUUUCUUUUGUCCUCUGUUUUUCUUGCUGCCCACUCUUGUGUCUUCAUUCACACACCACACACCCCCCCUUGUCACUUCCGGCUGGGGAUCAAUAAUCGCACUGACCGCUGCUAUACUUGCACUCUGGACCCCAGGACGGCAUGCCAGCACAAACCAACACUCUUUCAAAGUCAGCCCACCGACGACACCUUAGGGUUGCUUGGAGUCUGAGACCACCCAAGGACUCAAGAGACUGCAGACUAGGAGGCUUGGGUGGCUGAAUGCAUUGAAGGAUGGCUGUGUUUUGGAGAGCAAUAACAGGUGGAGUACUGCUGGCUCUGCUGGGAUGGGGAGCUGAGGGUCAGGAGAUUAGACCGGGUAAGAAAGAAGUAUCAGGUGGCGCCACUGUCAAUCUGGGCCAGGAGAGAGACAUCUGGAGGCCGCUGAUCCACACGACAGUCAACCUCAGUGAGAUCAGCAGUAUUAAGUCAUCCUUCCAGUUAAGGACCUUUGACCCAGAAGGUGCGAUAUUCUAUGGAGACACCAAAAACGGAGAGGACUGGUUUGUUCUAUCCCUGAAGGACGGGAUUCCUUUGAUGCAAAUCAGCAAAGAAGAGAUGCUGGUCAGUGCGUCUGGAGGCCCGGAGCUUAAUGAUGGAAAAUGGCACACACUGGAGGUGAGCAACCAAGGGAAGUUUGUGGUUCUCGAGGUGGAUGGCUCCAAGGGACUGGUGGUGGGCAUGCAGUCCAACAAGGAGGAGGUUCUUUCAGGUGAACUCCGUCUGGCACUGGGCGGGAUGCUGAUCGACCCAGAAAAGUUGAUUGUUCAGUUGGGACCCCAGCUGGACGGCUGUGUGCGGGAAGGCAGCUGGCUGAACCUUAGUGUCCCUUGGGUGGCCGAGGCGCAGGAUCUCUGGCCCUGUUACCAAGAUGUACAACCUGGCAUCUUCUUCCCUGGCACAGGGUUUGCCAUUUUCAACACUUCAGUUUUCCACGUUAAGGCAGAUGAUGGGGUUACUUUUGAACUUUGGGGAGAUUUCAGUAACAUGGACGGGACCAUUUUUAGCAUCAAGGCUCCUGGGCAACCGCUCAUGUUUGCUUUAGUAGCCAAUAAAAACACAAAGGAGGUUACACUUACUUUUGGAGCACAACAACUCACAAUGACAGAAACUUUCAAGAGACUGGAGAUAAUCUUUCAGGCAGAUUUCAUGCAAGUUACUCAAGAUGGAGAUGAAUCAAAGGCCACUAGGUUCUCUGUGAGUCCUGUAGACCAACCUGCGUAUUCAACUUCAUGGACAGAGGGUCAUGUUGCUUUUGGUGGACUCUUAGGUGAGGGUGAGGACAACGUUAGAGGCUCCCAGUUUCUGACAGGCUGUCUGGAGAAGAUCCAGGUUCAAAAGUGGGAUUUGGACCUGGAUUUAGCUGUCAAACACUCUUCAAUCUCCUCUCACAGCUGCCCUACACAAAUCAUUGAAGAAGCAUGAAUAAACAUUAUGUGGAGUAGGUGAAUGACUUUAAAAAUAUAUGCUUUGUCAAAUUUAAAAAGGAGAAAUAAUACCCAAAUGUCCAACAAAUUAUCUUUCUAAGCAUUCCCUCAUUUAUUCCCCUUUAGCCCCAUUUGAACAAAAUGUUCCAAUGACGCUGAAAGAUGUAAGUGUUUUUGGGACCUUAGUGCUUGUAUGUUUCUAAAUGAAAUA